UACGAUUUCGAUGCUUCAUAGAAUGAAAGACUUCCAUAGCAAUAAGAGCAUUAUCAGUGAUGAACGCCUACUCUUCUCUUUGUGAGCCACUCACCUUCCAAUUCCAUGAAUCAUGAAACCAAAAUAACUUAUAACCAACACCCCAUCACUUUUUCCACCCUCUCCAAAAACUCAAUCAAAUGACAUCCAUGAUUUCAAUCUGUCUAUCUUCUUCAACUAUCGAAUCCCGCCAUUUUUCCCUCUGCAAAAACUUAUCUUCUUCUUCCGCCAUUGAUGUCGUCCUCAACCACCAUCACCGUCGUCCGCCAUUUCAGCAAUUUCACUUACCACUCUCACUUCCUCGCACUUCAUCUCUCAAAUUGAGAAAUUCUAGGGUUAGAAUUAGGGUUAUUAAAGCUAGCAGUAGUAGUAGCAGCAGCAUCGAUGUCGCGACGUCGUUUAAGCCGGGGAAAUUGGUGGAGAGCGAUAAACUUCCGUCGGAUGUUCGGAAGCGAGCUAUGGAAGCCAUUGAUUCUUAUGGAGGAAGAGUUACCAUUGGUGAUGUUUCUAGCAAAGGUGGACUUGAUUUGAACGAAGCUCAGAAAGCUUUACAAGCACUUGCUACUGACACCGAUGGUUUCUUAGAGGUCUCAGAUGAAGGUGAUGUUUUAUAUGUUUUCCCUAAGGAUUAUCGUUCAAGGCUUGUGGGCAAAUCCUUUAGGAUGAAAAUUGAACCCUGGGCUGAAAAGGCAAAGUCUGCAGCUGAGUAUCUAAUAAGGGUUUCUUUUGGGACAACCUUAGUUGCUUCAAUCGUUCUUGUGUUUACUGCAAUUCUUGUAGCUGCCUCAAGUGGAAGUGAUGACGACAGUCGCAAGAGACGAGGAGGCAGAUCAUUCGGUUCGAAUUUCAACUUCUUUAUUAAUCCUGUGGAUUUAUUUUGGUACUGGGAUAGAGAUUACUAUAGGAGAACACGGAGACGAGGAGAAAACGAAGGAAUGAACUUCAUUGAAUCCGUUUUCUCAUUUGUAUUUGGUGAUGGUGAUCCAAAUCAAGGAAUCGAGGAAGAGAGAUGGAAGCUGAUAGGACAGUAUAUAGUGUCAAAUGGGGGCGUGAUAACGGCUGAAGAACUUGCGCCAUAUCUGGAUGUGCAGACAGAAGAAGAGAGUGAUGAAUCAUAUAUACUACCUGUGCUUCUACGGUUCGAUGGUCAGCCAGAAGUAGAUGAAGAGGGAAAUAUUUUGUACAGAUUUCCUUCACUACAGCGAACUGCUUCCUCCAUAAGGACUGGUAGGAAAGAGUAUGUUGGGAAACGAUGGGCUGAUUGGAGUGGAAGAGUAGAAAAGUUCUUCGAAGAGAAGAAGUGGCAAUUUAGCAAAACCAAUUCCGCGGAGAGGGCACUGGUCAUUGGACUUGGUGGGCUGAAUUUGUUUGGAGUGAUUAUUCUUGCUACUAUACUAAAGGACAUGGCUGUAAAACCAAGUGGAUUCCUGUCACUAGUUUCGGGAUUGUUGCCCCUGCUUCAGGUUUAUGCUGGUUCUUUCUUUGCGAUACCAUUGGUUCGGUGGUUUUUCGUUCUCAAUAAAAAUUCUGAAAUAGGGAAAAGGAAUCGAGUGAGAAAAGUAAGAGCGCAGGCCCUUGAAUCACCAGAUCUUUCACUAAGGCGCAAGCUUCUGAGUGCUAAGGAUAUGGCACAAAGAACGGUAAUUGGUAAGGAGAGGAUUGUAUACAGCACAGAAAAGGAUUUUGAUGAGCAAGGCUAUGAAGCACGGGAAUGGGAGAAGAAAUUUGAAGAACUUUAGAGGUCAGACUGAGAUUCAUGUCCCAACUGUAAAUGUAUAAUCUUUAGAGGUGUAGAGUAAUGGAGAUUGUAUAAUAUGUACUUAAAGAAAAGAAAAAUAAAACUUCUUGGCUCACUAUUUGUUGACAUUGAUUAAUUAAGCAAGAGAUAUGUAGUUGCCUUUGUACAUGUUUGUUACAUCCAGACAUAGUCAGUCUGUACAGUAUUAUGACAUGAGGCAAUUUUGUGCUA